GGGUCCUCCGAUUUUGGAAGAGUUACGAUCCUCCCCCUUACAUACAGAGAAAUCAGAAGGAUUCUUUCUCUCCCUGAAAAAGAAAGACCAAAAUGUUGAGAGUUGCCGGCAGGAGGCUAUCUUCUGUGACAUCGUCCUCUUCAUUGUGGAGGCCAAACCAAGUGGCCUCCGCCGUCGUCACUUCCAAUCCGAUCAACCUUGAUGAGCAGCCGAGACCCACCCGUUUCUCCGAUUCAUUUUCGUUCGCUUCCCAAUUUCAUCUUCCUUUUAGAGGUUUUGCUUCUGAGUCUCUCACCCCAAGGAAUGAAAGCGGCAUAAUUCCUGAUGCUCCGCCAACUGUGGCAGCUGUUAAGAACCCGACUCCGAAGAUAGUUUAUGAUGAGCACAACCAUGAGCGUUACCCUCCAGGUGAUCCCAGCAAGCGGGCAUUUGCCUAUUUUGUCCUGACCGGUGGUAGGUUUGUGUAUGCUUCAUUGAUUCGUCUCCUGAUUCUCAAGUUUGUGCUUAGUAUGUCAGCCAGUAAGGAUGUCCUUGCUAUGGCCUCUGUUGAGGUUGAUCUCUCCGGUAUUGAGUCUGGCAACACAGUGACUAUCAAGUGGCGUGGAAAGCCAGUUUUCAUCAGGCGCCGAACUGAGGAGGAUAUCAAGUCGGCAAACAGUGUGGACCUGGCAUCUCUUCGUGACCCACAGGAGGAUUCAGAAAGGGUCAAAAACCCAGAGUGGCUCAUUGUUGUCGGGGUUUGCACACAUCUGGGUUGCAUCCCCUUACCAAAUGCUGGUGAUUUUGGUGGGUGGUUUUGCCCCUGCCAUGGUUCCCAUUAUGAUGUCUCUGGCAGGAUUCGAAAGGGGCCAGCACCUUACAAUCUGGAGGUACCCACUUACUCUUUCCUGGAUGAGAACAAAUUACUUGUUGGUUAAGAAGCAAUGGGACCUCUUUAGGUCGAUAGUGGCUAUUCCAGCCCAAAAAAAUAAAAAAAAAAUAAAAAAAUCAAAGGAUGUUCAAAACUUGUUCCAAAUAUCUCUGUUUAUCUUUGUUUUCCACUCCAUCCCUUUUUGGCACUUGUAGUAUCGGUUAUGUAACUUAAGACAUAGUAACCCGCUGCCCCUGUUGGUGUUGACCUGGAUUUCUGAAUAAGUUGCUUUGGUGUUUGUUCUUGAAUCUGACUGAUUCCAGGAGGCUGCUAAAAAUAUAUUCAAUAGUGUAUGUUAUGGUGUUAUGUUA